AUGGUGGAUUUCGGGGUUUGGCUUGUCGUGCGGGCAGAGUCGAAGAGCAAGAGUGCGUGUUCUGCGCUUCGGGAGAGAUCUCGUUUGUUCGAUAACCACCAAGCAUUCUCGUGUCCUGCACCUCUUGCCGUACCCCUUGUCAUCGUGCUGCAUCGGCGGGUGCACCAAAAGAAUCUCCUCGAGGAAGUUGCCGACCUGACGGGUCUCCUGGAAGACGAGGCCGCCGUUAAGGCCGACGACGAGCGGCGGUCUCGACGGCACCUCGGGCCUAAGGUCGGCGACAGCGGUGGCACGUCCAACGCCGCCGCAAACGACUCCAUCCCGUCCUCGGAGCUGCGGCGCUACGGCAAGAAGCUCGAGGAGGCCGUGCGAUCCCGGGAGCACGCCGCCGGCGUCGCCCAGCGCUUAGCCCUCCCGCGACAGCGCGCCCCGGGACUGGAAACCGGAUGCGGAGGAAAGGAUGGCAGGAAGAAAGGCCGGGGGGGUACGACGGUGGCCCCCGUUUCCCGUAGCUCGCGGUGUUCCCAGGACCUACCCGGCUCUGCCGUACGGCUGCAGUCGUCGAGACAUCGCGGUCCGGGGGGAGGGCGCAAGGCGUCUAUCGGUAGAGGUAGUGGCAGCAUCGGGAGCGGACCUUCCGUGGAAGACAAGGCACCCGGCGAGGAUAAGGCGGUUGGACGACGGGGGGGAGGGGGGGAACGCGGGGCGUUGGCAACGAAGCUACGAGGUACGGUGCGGGCGUCGCGGGAAGAGGAGGUCGCGGACGACGACAAGUUUUGGAAGUGAAGAAGUAGCGUAAGCUACAUCACAACGGCCCUGAUCGAUAAUUCGGGUGGCUCGAUUCCUUGUGGUUGGAGCUCAAAGCGGGUGGCUCAUGGCGGAGCGUUGAUGGGUAGAAACGUGUUGAAAACGUAUUGCAGAGUAUAGUAUUAAUCGGGGGCGUGCCAGUGCUCGUCAAGCCAUCACGGCAUCUGGUCACGCCUUCACUCUUUGUCACUCAACGAAUCUCUCUGAACCUUCACCAAAUACCUCUCGCAACCAAGGAAUAUAUGUAGAAAUUUCCUAUUCUUCCCCAUCUCAUCACUGUAACUUUCGUACGUACGUACAUAACAUCUCAACGUCAUACUAUGCUACGAGUACCCCCAAUAUAUCUGAUAGGCCCCGCCUGGAUCGACUCUCAAAGCUAGAUUACUCCGCAAGCAAAAGCAAUAGAGACAGUGCCGCAAACGGCGGCGUUGGAGCCGUCUCGUCGAGAGCCUUCCAAAAGUUCCAUCCUUUGAUUGUGGUACUGCUUUUCGUCGUGGAGUGAUUGGUGGAACUUUGAAAAGCGGUGUGAAGACGGGGUGGUAUUUGAUGCAAGCAACCUUCGGUAAAGAAGCCUAAGGAGACACAUCCUGUUGGCUAUCGAGGGCGAGGUGGUGGAGUAGAUGCAUGCGUGUUUCCUUGUCCUUGUCGGAGUGUUUGUCGUGCUUUGAACCCACAAGGCGCACCAGGUGUGGCUGGCCAAAGGACGCACGCCUGGUUGCUCGUGGCCCCGCAAAUAAGAAAAGGCUGAUUUUUCAUCCAAACCUGGCACCUAGGUUUCUUUUUUAUGGUUGGCAUGCAGCGAAAAGCAGAUGAUGAGUGCCUGCCGAUUCACGGAAACAGACCUUCUAUUAUAGUAGUACUUGUAUUCCGUUUGCGGUAUGCAUGGGGAGGGGGCAUUCGAGAACCUGCUACACAACAUGUGGCACGGGCAGCAAGUAAUAAAUCGAUUCAUGAAAGUGCUAUCUUACCCUCGGAUGUCUCGAAAGGUACAGACGGUUUCACCACCGCUGUACACAUGGUACAACUCCGACCUCAUCUCUUGGCAGUAUGUAACUAUGCAGCCUCAUUACUAUGCAGGGACCAACGCUGUACUGUUUGUCCUUCUUCGCAACUCGUGGCGGAACCUAGCAAGCUAACAGGCUGGGUUUGGCCGGGCGACGAGAAACAAACGCCAACGACUCGCCGCCGCCGCCGCCGCCGUUUCGCCCGAAAAAAGCAUUUCAUGCACAUGCCCUUGUCCGCCGCCCGCCUCCGUCGACAAAGACUCACUCGGCAGCAGCCUUGGGGGUAUGUAUCGUGAGGCACCUUUCUCGCACUGCUGUUGAGACCGACCCACGCGGGCAAAAAACGACCCACAACCCGACCGCGAAUGCACCACUACUCCGACGAGGGACAGCGAAACAAGCGCACCACACAUAUUCUACGCGCACGCGCGCGUAUGUACAUAUGCACGUGGCCACAAAAUGCGAUUUGCUCAUAAAUCGCAACGCUCGAAUAUGAGGUGGUUGAUGUACACGACAAAGUCUAGUUCUUUCCGCGAGUUGUUACGGCCAUCCAUCACAGCAGCCGCUCGCACUUUUUGCGAUGUGCCCCACAGGCCUUGCCGUUCUCGACCACAUGGGAGGCCACACUCCAUGGAUGGAACAUGGAACAGAAUGAACAUUUUGAGCCCACAAAGAAAGUGACAUGUUACGGCAGCAGGUGCAGAGUUGAAACAACACAAAAGUAAGACCCUCCCCACGCCUUCCCUCCCUUUUGCUUCCGAUCGUUCUUGCAAAUAUCCAUCCGUGGUACGGUACGGUAACAAAUCGCAAACGGCAUGCCGAACGUGUUUCCAUUUUGUGUCUACAUGUCGUUCCGACGGUCUACAAGCAUAAAACACAGGCAACCAAAUGCAUCUUACCACAGGCAAACACCACUAACCACACCAAAAAUCCCCCCCGCCCCCUCAAAAGAGCCCAGAUCAGAGAUCCCC